CUGGAGAACAAAUCAGCAGCGAGUAAAUUACGUUGCGUCAUGACGUUGCCUCAGAGCUAACCAAUCAGGUACGGUCUUGUAAGAGGGGGCUCUUGGUUGUGGUUCACAACCGGCACAAGGCGACAGCUCAUAGUGAGAGGUAUGUCUCCAGAGGAUGAACCCCAUAGUCCCACCCUUGGUUUCAGCUCUACCAGGGAGGAUGUCACUAUGAGCUGUGGUGACCUAGCUACCUCUCAUGAGCUGGGGAGAAGGAGCAGAGCACACAACGGUCUCCAAACAAGAACCCCAGAGGCUGACAUCAGUUGUCAUGGAGACUUUGCCCAUGGAAAAAAUCCAUUCCUGAAAACACUGAUGGACGCAGAAGCAGCCGCCAACUCUGCUGCCAUACAACUUGUGUCUUUUAAAGAUGCCAUGGAAGAUGAAUUUGCUGGUUCGAGACAGUCUUCCAUUGAUAAGAGCAGAAUUAGAAGGCAAAGAGAACUUUUGCUGGAGAAGUUGGAGGAGUUUAGACGGACAAAUAAGUCAGUUCGACAGAAACUGAAACAGCUCCAAGGUGCAGAGGUUGAUCGAAUUGAUGCUGACCACCAAACUGACAUCUUAUUGAAGAGGAUCACACAGGCUGAGUGUGAAAAUGAGCGUUUAAAAAGAAAUUUGAGUGAGACAGAAAGCAAAGUUGAGGAACUGAUGGAUCAACGAAGAGAAGAGCAGGAGAACAUAAAGAGUACAGUUCACGUGACCAAGUCUGUGGAGGCGGCUCGUGCUCACCUGCAGGGGCAGCUGCGCAACAAGGAAGCCGAAAACAAUCGUCUGACUGUGCAGCUACGGACUGUGGAGAGAACCCUGACCGAGCAAAAACUGGAGAUCAGUGAUCUGAAGGAAUCCAUCGCCUCUUCGACUGAGAAGGCAGCGCAGGACAAAGAAUCGCUCAAGAAAGCCACCCGAGCACAGAAACAGAGAGCUGAGAGAUUUGAAGCGGCUAUUGAGAAAUGCUAUGCACAACUGAGGGAAAAGGAUGCUCAGCUGGCCAAUGCCCGGUUAGAAAAAGACUCCAGGAGACGGCAGAAAGAGCGGGAGACAGAAGAGAAAGACAAACUUGAAGCUCAUAUAGAGUUGUUGAAAAGUCAAAUUGCGGAGGUGACGGCGCGGCUGCGGAUGGAGAAGGAUGAGCUCUCUGCGGCUAAUGAAAUUGUGAUGCAACGUGUUGAAAAACUCAUUGCUGAAAAUGGAGACCUCACCGUCAAUAAUGCAACACUCAAGGCGUCUGUUGCUCAGCAGGAGCAGCAGCUGGCUGAUUGUGAGUCCGCCCUGAUAGAAGAAAAGAUCGUGUCUCAGGAGAAAAAACAUCAAACCGGACAGUCCCAAUAUCAGGUUUCAGAGCUUCAAGCUGAGUUGGAUGAUCUGAGGAUAAAAUAUGCAAAUCUCUUAAGAGAGACAGAGAAGACACAAGAUGGAAAGGAUAUAGAAGUAGAGAAGGUGAGGCAGGAGCUGCAUGGCCGCGUGGACGAGCUGAAGGCUUACCCCGAAUUACUGAGUGCAGCCGAGCAGAGUCUCUUCGAGUGCCAGGACAACCUGCUACGCUCGGAGAGGAAGUGCUCAGAAAAGUCAGAGUCCGUUAGGCAACUGCAGGUUCAGAUGGAGAGUCAGACAAAAUUGCUGCGAUCAUCUGUAGAGAUGAAGGAGUCCAUUCACGAUGCCAAUUUACAACUACACGAGCAAGUGAAUUCUCUCCAAAAGAAGAUGGACGAGCUGCAGCAGGAUAACCUGGAGCUGGUGCGGAGGCUGGCAGCUCAGGAGGGAGGUCUGGGCUACAGUAACCGGCAGCUGGAUCAACGCUCGUCAGAGUGCCAGGCCCUCAACCGGCAGCUGGAGGCAGCUUUAUCAGACGUCAAACAGCAGGUCUACAAGGUGAAAGACAAGGCUGUUGCCAGAGAAGAUGCCCUUCAGACCAAAAUCGUGGCGCUGGAAGCCGAGAAGAGCAGAAGGGACAACGAGCUGAAGCUACUUCGCCAGAGCAAGCUCACCGCGGAGAAACAGUUCGAGGUGCGUCUGAAGGACCUGCAGCUCAGCCUCGACCAAUCAGAGAGCCACAAGCAAAGCAUUCAGAACUACGUGGAUUUCCUCAAAAACUCUUAUAAGACCAUGUUUGAUGAGGGACUGCAAACAUCAAGUUAUGGAUCAUCAUAUUUUCUAAAAUGAUUAUGGAUUUAUUAUUUAUUUAUCUUUUCUUUUUUUUUUCGUGCACUGUACUAUUUAUAAGGUCUAUUUAAAAAUGAGAAUGGAGGCAAUAAUUUGGAUAUCGACUUCUGCAUUUAGCUGAUAAUCUGGGACUUUUUUACCCCCCAGAUAUCAAUCAGGGAAAUCUGCUGUUGUUAGAAGAGGUUUUGAUAUCUGUUUUUAGCUCAAAGGCAAUACAUAAUAUUCUCACGUGUGCAAAUGUUGAAUUAUGAACUUUUGGUGCUACUAUGUCUUAUUCCCAUAUGACAAGGAGACAGUUGUAUUAAUUUAGUUUAAGUCUAGUCCAAACUUCUUAAACUUUUAGAUUGUUGAGUAAGACUAGGUUCAUGCUUCACAAAUGUAAGGAUUUGCUGCUUUUCUCUUCUUUACUCUACUUUCUUUCUUUCACUACAAAUUGAAUACCUUUGGGUUUUGGACUGUUAGUCGUAUAAAACAAUAUGGGUGUAAAUCACAAGUUUCACCACAAUACAAAGUCUGCCAGUCAGUUACAUUUAUAUCAACUCGUAAAAAAAUUAAAUAUGAUUUGACAAUUUAUUACUCUAUGACUCUUCCAGACAUUUAAAUUACAAACAAUCUAUUAUUUUUAAUAAACAUUAUAAAAAUAGACCACCUCUUAUUCACUACAAAGUGCCACAUUUUUUAUCAGUUAAGAAUUUCAAAAUAAGGGCGUAUCUUAAAGAUGAUAUGUAGAUGUUUUCACUUUGAAUCAAUAUAUUGGAUCAUUGAUCAUUAUAUCGAAACAAGCAAUCUAAAGAUGUCACGUUGAGCUCUGACUAGCUGUAACAAGCAUUUCUUCACUAUUUUCUGAUAAUUCAUUGACUAAAAUAAUUAAUCAAAACAAAUAAAAGGGUUUCUAGCUGGAGUAAAGUAAUGUGCCACUAGGUGGAACUGUUUAGUCUGCUAAUCUUUUUGCUUCUGUCAAGUGUCUCUUUUUACCCACAAUCCACUGUGUGUUAGUCUUACCUUAGUCACUACUAAAUGAGUUCCAUUCAACAUACAAAGUUAAAUAUCUCUUGCAAGUGUAGGUCUAUCUUUGUGCAACUGGCUCCAGAUCAAACUAUGUUUUUGCCAUAUGUUGAAGCACAUGCACCUGAAUUAUUGAAGCUAUUGUAAACCAGAACAAGUAGUGCUUGAAAACCAAAUGUGGUGCAAAGUCUACCUGGAAUAAACCAUGUUUUCCAACUUGAACUAUGCUCUCAUUCAAACCAUCAUAAUUCUUCUACUGUGACUGAUAUGAAGUGAAAUUCAAAGACCUGAAUGAAAGCUUCUUUCACUGUUAUUCACUGUUCACUAGUAAUCAUAGAAAACAGCGUGACGUGCUGUAAUAUUGAAUGUGUUUAUGAUCUGCUUCUCAGCUGGACUGAGAUGAAUGAUGCAGAAAAUCAGUUGUUAAUCUGUCAGAUGUGAAGUUCAUGCCUUCAGGGCUGCAAACAUAAUUACUGAUACGCAUGAAGCAACACUGGGACAUUUCCAAACCACUUUUAACUCUGUUGCUGGUUUGCUCUCACGCUUUUUUAAUGGAAGUUUUUAUAUUACUGAGGUGAGAACACAGGUGCUGCAGCACGAUUGACCUAAAAACUGAUGUUUGUUUUAAAUUGUACUUGUACAUCUUCUUGUUCUUGUUGCUUGCAGGUCCUAUACUGUACUAUGGUAAUAAAGUACCAGACCUCUG